AUGACUUCUGUCACACUUGAUAAAGCCACCACCAUGUCGCUCCGUCGAUCCCUUCGAUCGCGAAAGACACAAGAUGACACCCCAGAACCAGAUGCUAACAUGACCACCAGGUCUACGAGACAAACUCGUGCAUCUACUUCCGCAUCUGCUUUAAUUUCAGUCUCUCGGUCUUCAUUGAAUUCAGGAGAUCGAAAGAGAUCUCUCCGUCUUACUGUCAAAAUGCCCUCCAGCAAAUUGCGGGAAGCUACGAGUGCUGGCCGUGCCAAUGGACGGCGCUCAGUCAAUGUGUUCCGGGAAGAUCCCAUUGUUUCGGGACCCCGCUCCAGUCGGAACCGAAAGAAGAUUGUAGAAGUUGCUACAAGCGACGAUGACAUCGACGAUCAGGAAGAGGAUGAAGUCGAUGAUGAAGAUGCACCUGGAGAUGAUGACGACGAUGAAGAUGCCGAUGCUGACGCCGACGCUGAUGGCGACAUCGAUAUGGAUGACGUCCGGCCCCAGGCACCUAUCAGGCGCGGUAAGGUCACUCCUCCGUCUCGGGCCAAGGCACCCAAGAGCGUGGAAGCCAAGGAGAUGGAUAUGGAAGAAGACGAAGAGGAAGAGGAGGACGAGGAAGAGCCUAUUUCCGAUACGGAUGAAGACGCCGAAGCCGAGGCUGAAGAUCAGGACGAAAGUGCAGUUCCAGACGUCAAUGGUGAUGAUCUAGAUGAACUCGAUGAAGAGGACGAAAUAGACGACGACAUGGAUAGUGAUGCACUCGCUAUGCAAAGUGGCAAAACCACCAAGCGCCAGCGAGGAAACCUGGGAAAUGAUUUCUUGCAACUUCCUAUGGGUGAGAAACUGCAGAUAAUCAAAAAUUUGUCGAAACCGAAGCUAACUAAAAAGAUAGAACCCCAGGUCAAGAAGCAUUUGACCGCUGAAGAGCGCCAGAUGCGUCGUGCAGAGAUGGCUCGGCGAAGAAAGAACCUGAGUGAGAAGCGGAACGAAGAGGAAAAGAUGGACACGAUUAAUCGACUACUCAAGAAACAGGCCCCCAAGCGCCGCGGUCGAGCUGCGGCGGCCGAGGCUGAUGGCACCCCCGGCCAGGAAGCCGCGGAGACCGAUAGAGCCGACCCUACCAUGGCGCGCUGGAUCAGUGGUUCAAAUGGCUGUAGAGUCAGCGUGCCAGAAGAAUGGCUGGGUACACCUGCUGGGCGUGUCUUCGGCGCACCUACAGUUCCCGCGGGAAAAAUGGUUGAAGAAGUUUGA